AUGUCCGAAUCCGAACAACUUCGAUAUCCUAUUGUCAACAAACCACUUGUGGCCAUUGGUUGGGGGCGUAAUUGUUCAGGUGGUAGUUCACCUAACACUCUCAGACAGGUGACAGUUAAAACCAUUGAAGAUACGGAAAAAAUGUGUAAAAAUUUAAUCGAAAAUAUCAAACUUCAGUUUUGUGCUGCAGUAAAUGGUGGAGGAAAAGGUACAUGUCAAGGUGAUUCAGGUGGUCCAUUAAUGCACUAUUCCGAAAAAGAACAACUAUGGUUGCUCGCAGGUAUAACUUCGUAUGGUCGUGGAUGUGCAUUACCUAACUAUGCUACUGUUUAUACACGAUUUAAACCUCACUACGACUGGUUCUCACAUUCGGAUCUUAUGAAAAAUGGUGGUCAACGAGUAACAACAUUUUUUACUUAUCUUCAAGCUAAUUGUUCCAGAGGUGAAACGGAAUUUCUUGAUAUUCGAUUCAAUAAAUCAUUACAUGAGCGAUUUUGUGAUAUUUUAAUUUGUGAUGAAAAAUCGACCGAACUGGGUAUUCGAUUUCGUCCGUUGCCUGGGAAUAGUGUCUUUUGGUUUAAUAUGGAUGAGUAUGGACAAGUUGAUUAUUUGACAUAUCAUGCUGCUCGUCCGCCAGGUGAAAAUGGUCAUAAGAUUGGAUUGAAUACUUGGACACGUGUAGACACAUUUUUCUUGCCACCCAAGAAAUGA